UUAUCGAUAGCUACGAAAAAGGUGCCCUGCUCUUCGCAGUGAAUGGAAAUUUUCAAACCCAGCCGCCAGCAGGUGUUGCUUGCAGUUGGCGUCGCGUUCCAUUAACUUUUCGUCGUUGAGAAAAUUAAGUGAAAAUGUUUACGCCAAGACAUAAGAGCCACAAUCAGGCCGUGGGCAGCUCGCCGCAUACACCGCUGAGCUUCAGUCGCGAGCUGCGUCAGGUUUUGCAGGAGCGAAAUCUUUUGACGGCCAAAUCGCGUAAAAAAGUCUGCUCCAUGCUGGACAGCAAUUCGAGCAGUCCCAUUGGUUCACCCAAUCCGGAGGCAGGCAAACGAUUGGGUUUCCGUCGCCAGGCCGUGCAGGAGAUCAUAACGUCGGAGAAGUCCUACUUGGAGCAGCUGGAGCUGCUUAUGCAGUACUUUGUGCGUCCGCUCAAGGAGCAGGCCAUCAUAGAUGCCGCCAACCACACGGCGCUCUUUGGCCAAAUCGAAAUGAUUCACAAUCUAAAUGGCGAAUUCCUGCGCGAACUGGAGGCAAACAUGGAGAAUGUGGCAUAUGCUUUCUUGAAGAUGGCCCCGUUCUUCAAGCUGUACUCGGUGUAUGCCUUUGACUAUCGCGGAGCCUUGUUUAUACUGCAAGAUUUGAUGAGCAAAAAUCCGGUUUUUCGUAAAUUUCUGGAGGAGACCGAAAGUCGUCCGGAGGUGCAAAGGAAGUUGAAUUCAUUGAUGAUUGUGCCCAUACAGCGUGUGCCGCGUUACAAGCUGCUGCUGGAACAGGUCCUGCUCUACACCAGUCCAGCGGAUGCCGACUAUAAACACCUAAAGGAAUCCGUCAAGGAGAUCGAGGCGACUGCCUCGCACAUCAAUUCCUGUGUGGAGGAUCAGGAGAUCACCCAAUAUUUGAUACAUCUGCAGAAUUCACUGGUGAAUCGCACACCCAACAUUGUGAAGCCAUCGCGUCGAGUAAUCAAGGAGGGCAUGCUCUACAAGAUUACGCACAAGGGGCAGCAGAUUAGGCGCUAUUGCGUGCUCAUGUCCGACAUCUUUAUGUACUGCAAGGUGAUCAAAGAGCGUGCCUCCAACACCCAGGUGGAGAACUCUCUCGAAUGCUGUUGCAUUUUCCCGCUGAAGAAGUGCAAAGUUUACGAUAUGUUGCCGGGCAACUUUAAGUUAUCGUGUCAGAGUGAUGGCAUCCUCUUUGGCAGCGAUGAUAUCCAAUUGGCGCGCACCUGGGUGAGCUUCAUACGCGACGCCAUCGAUCUGCAUGUGCAGUGCCGCAAAACGUUGCGCAAGGACUCGAGCAAACGGACGCCCAUUCGCAAAAAGGACAUGAAGAAAUUUGGCGCCGAUUAUGUACUGAGUCCCAAUAGCAACAACAAGCGCAAAUGCGAAUAUGAGACUGUCUUUCGCAACAAGAAUCGCACCACGGACUCCGAGGAGGAGGCGGAUGACGGAAACGCUUGCUUUCCACGCAAGCGCAAAAUUCCCACUGCAUCCAAUCGCGUCAAGCCGUCGUCUACGACGUCCUCAUCCACUUCGACAAGCACCACCGUCAAGCGUCCUGCACCGCCGCCACCGGCCGUGCAGCUGCGACACCCGCUGAUCUCAGCGGAGCAGCUUGCGGCCAGCAAGGAGAAUCGCAUUUCGAAGCUGUACAAGAAGAUUGCCACUGGCGACAAGGCCGUCCAGGUGCGCAGCAUACUCAAGCGCACCAAAGCCACCACCAAUACGCCCAGUGAUGCUGAUCCCAGCUAUGGCUUCGCCAGUCGCUACUCCGAUUCCAAGUCAUAUUUUCGUGCUCACAAUGUGGAUAACACAAUUCCAACUGCGAUUAAGCGCGAGGAUCUCUUCGACGCAGACCUGGGCAAUGGUAACUUUCAGGACGUGCUCUUUCCACUGCGCUCCAGUGGCGGCAGUCAGAAGAGCGGCGGCUGGACAACACCAGCCCAAACCCUGAAGGGUGCCAGCAGCCAGGAAGAUGUAUUGUUCUCGCCGCCACAGAAGAAGCGCGUCAAAUUCGAUUCGAUGCUGGACAGGCACGAGCCAAAGCCCUUUGUAUUCCCAAGUGAGAGCAGUGGGACCAACAGCAGCAAUGAUGGCGUCACUAAGACCACAACGCUGCGCGAACGCAUCUACGAGUUUUUUGCCAAUCUUUUCUAGAAAUUUGCUCAACGAUUCUUUUCUUUUUUUUCUGUUGACAUUUUUGUUAGAAUUAGAUCAACAACUUGUUUAAGAAUCUCUAGGGAUUGGAUUACA